UGGCCCAUGUAACAAUGGCUGGUCUAAAUACAAUGAACAGAAUAUUGAAACUUUACAAAUUUGCCUAUGGUUUAAUUUAUUUUAUUUUUUUAAUUAAAAUUUUUAUUUAAUAUCCAAAUAAUGUUCCCGGACAUACUCGUGCUUUCUCUGGUUAUGCAGCUGCUCUUGCAUUACAGGAUGAUUUUACAAUAACUAGUGCUGGAUUGCUUUCAAUGGAGAUAACAAUAACUCUCGGAAAUGAAUCUAUUUAUUCUAAUGUAAAACCAAAAGGUCAACUUCAUUGCUGGGUUAGGUCAUUUAUUGCUGAUUUAUUGGCAAGUACAUCAAAGGAUUGGAUAACUAUUUUUGGAUUUCACAAUUCUCGAACAUACAACAAUCAAUGGAUGGCAAGAUCUGAACCAAUAAAAAUUAAAUUCAAUAUGGAAGAAUAUGAUUUUGUUAUUCAAGCUGUUUUGCUAAUUCUAUGCAAAAUUACUGAUGUAAAGAAGAUUGAACAUAAACCGAGAUUGAUGAUGCCUUUUGAUAGAGGAAAGGUAGAACAAUUAAAAUUAUCAAAUUUAAUUUUUUGUAAAUUUUCUUACAAGUUUUAAAAUUUUUUAAACAUUCACAUCGGCAAAAAUUAAU